AUGCACUUUGACGAAGCCUGGUGUCCAGUCUGUGACAGGCAAAUCAGGCCUAAGGUCCUCCCACAACCUCAAGAACCCACACCGGUCCCCACGCCAUCGCCAGUAUCAUCAUCUCCGUCAAAAAAUCAACAGAGUGAUUCUACUGCCUGCACUUCCCGAAUAAAAAUUGGGGCCGGUCGUGCGAAGAAUGGCUGUUUGCAGGGCACAGGUUGCGUCAAGCCUAAUGGUGCAAUAAAGCAAUAUGACUCAGCCGCAACGGCACACAAGGGUCGUGCCUCCCCAUCUCAGCCUCAACAACCCGUCGCACCUGUCAAGCACCGUACCAUCAUUGAUCAGGGCCCAAUCCCUCUUUACUGUUCGGAUGAGUGUCGUCUCCAAGACUUGGCAAAACGCGAUGGCGUUUACCCACUCAAUCACCACCCUGAUCGCUCAUCGCCUCCUCUUCCUCGCGUCCCUCAUAAUUCUUUCGAGGGCCGAUAUUGCGAAUCAGAAGACGAGUCCACCAGCGCUUCCGGAUCAUCCUUUGAUUCAGGUUUUACCUCUUCCUCACCAUUGGUCACUGUCUCUCGCAGUAUGGCUACACUUGCUGCCCUGUACAACUUCCCACCCUUGCCUUCUGUGCCACCAAUGUCGUCACCGGCUGAUAGCACGUCCUCGUCCUUGCCUGAGUAUCGCAACGAUUAUCAGGGCGGCACAAUGAUGGCAAGCAAGCGUAUCCAGGAGAUAUUAUGCCAGCCACAUGCCAAGCCUUCAUCGUUUUACAGCAGACCGCCUCAACCUAGGAAACCAGUUCCUGGUUGGACCGACGGCGGUAGUGAGUGGCGUCAAUCAGUCUAUGGCGGAUACUCCACACGCUCGGACAAUGCAUCUGGUGGGUCCGAGAAAGCCCAGACCUCAUUUGCAGCAACGUCACGUCGCCGUGUUCAGUGGACUUCGGCACUUUCCCAGUCAAACUCAUCUAGUGCUCUUGCCGCGCAGUGUCCUACCUCCAGCCUGCCUCCUCCUCAGUCGGGUCAGUCGGACAGCGAAGAGUUGUAUACCAAAUAUUCCCUUCCUCUUUCUCGCAGACAUGAGUUGCAUAUGUCACUUUUCCCCCACUCGGCGUCUUCCUCUGCACAAUCACCUCCGCUGUCUUCUACCUCCACAUCUUUGUCCUGUCGACGUCGUCGUGAAGUCCCUUUACUCAAACGAGGCGCAGAGGGUCGUUUACUCGUUCCCGACGUCCGUCUUGCAAAACCUUUGAGGCGGCAUCCCAGCAAAGUUAGCCAAGACAGCAUCUUGAGCGACACUACAUCCGAAUCGCUUAGUCCCUCAUCCCGACCUGCACCACAAACUCGCACGUGGUCAUACGAUAAUAUCAAGACUUACCCUGUGAUGAUGCCUCCUGCAAAGAAGGAGAAACACAUCGAGCAUCGCAUGGUUGAUGGCGAGGUUGAGGAGGUCGAAGUCGAGGUCGAAGUGGUUCAACCGUUGAGGCGCCUCUUCCUGUUCCCUGGCAAGGACACAACUUUUGUGGGACGAUCCUAA